AUGACGCGCGACAUCAAGUACUUAGUGCUCGCCCUCGCCAUGGCCGCGACGGCCGGCGCAAUCGCGCCGCCAUCCUUGCGCGGCGUCAAGGACGCCUCGGGCGCCGAGACCGUCGGCGACACGUUCGAGAUGUCGCUGGCCAAGGCGGUCGACACGACGCCGAAGCUACGUGGCGCCGCUGAGAACGACGCUGCUCACAGGCGGGUUGGUCGCGGCCUAGACUUUGGUUACCGAGCCCGCGAAUGCCCGGAGCUCGACGUGCCGGACGAGUGCCCGGGCGACGCGACGGGCCUGAGAAGGUGCGACGAGGUGCUCUCGCCGCUGGAGGUUUACUGCGUCGGGGACGCGUCGACCUGCUCGGAUCCGCGUCUAUAGGAGCUCCCUUCGCCACGCCAUCGUAAAAUGCGAGGCCCGCGCAGGCCCAGACAUGCCGGCGAGCGACUGCCUCGCGCAUUUUGGCGGAGACGGCGGCCGUCGGCGCCUAGAUGCGACUAGCCCGGCGCCCACGCCUGCGCCUCUCUAUGUCUUUGCGGUGCGGCAGCCGACGCCCGCGCCGACGCCGGCCGAGCCCACCGCCAAGCCGACGGGCGAUCCGACGCACAAGCCCACGGCCGCGCCUGCGGCCGCGCCUGCGGUCGAGCCGACGGCCGAGCCCACGGCCGCGCCUACGACGGCCGAGCCGACGGCAGCGCCUACGACGGCCGAGCCGACGGCGAAGCCGACGGCGGAGUCUACGGCCGGGCCGACGGGUCAGCCGACCGCGUCGACGCCAGGCCCGACGCCCGCGCCGACGCCGGAGGGCACAUUCUCGUAUGGCUACUCUCUCUCGUAUGGAUACCAGACGGACGCGCCAACGCCCGUCAGCUAUUGCCACGGGACGGAGUACGCUGACCCUCAGUCGUGCGGCGACGCACCGUUCCCUGCGUGCGAAGGCUACCAGACAAGUUCGGGGUACGGCAUGGGCUACCCCUGCGUGCCGGGCCCCGAGGGCAGCGACGAAUGCACGGCCUCCUCGGACCCGUGCACGUUGCCUACGACCGCCCCGACGCUCUCGAAGGCGCCGACGGCCACGCCGGCGCCGACGGCGGCCCCGACGCCCGUGUGCGUGUACCCCGAAGACCAGAGGCGACUGGAGUCCGGGAGCGACGAGCGCCUGGGAGGUCGCGCCGAGUUCCUCGGUCCGGCGCCGGAUUACUCGCGAAUCGUCAACGGUGGCGAUGCCAUCCAGGGCAAUCAACCGUGGAUGGUGGCGCUCUUAAGAACUGGCCCCGGGCUUAAAGAUGGCACUGGUAGCUACUACGAUAGGCAUUACUGCGGCGGCACCUUGAUCCAUCAUUCGUGGGUCCUGACGGCGGCCCACUGUAUUGUGACUCCUCACAGCACCAAAAUGUUCCCCACUACGGUCGUCGUCGGCGCGUACGACCUUACCGAUUGGCAAAACGAGGGAGACACAGAAAUUCCAGCGCCGGAAGAGAGAGUAGUGAACGACGUGCUGAUCCACGAGAAGUACUACGAAAACCCAAAGUUGACCGACGGGAGUCAAGAUCCCGACGCUGACGGCUCCAGUUCCACUUCCAGCUUUCCUUCUUCUUGUCCAACACCGCCACCUUUGUAG